AUGUGUGAUAAUGUAGUUCUUGGCAACCGGACAGGCACACAGUGGUACAUCCUCCAGCGGUGGGCGAGAUUCUUCAACACCCUACUCAACACCAAAUCCCUCACCCUGAACCCAGACAUCAUCGAACGAGUGACGCAGCGGCCAGCGACACGUGACACUCAACGGUUGGGAGAUGUGCCAGAACUCGAGGGGGUGGCACGGGCAACGAAAGGCCUCAAGAACUGGAAGGCACCCGGCCAUGACUCCCUCCCUGCCGAGUUGCUCAAGAUCGAUGACGACGAACCCUUCGUCCUGGGACACCUCCAUACCAUCCUCGUCAAGGUGUGGAACGGAGGAGAUAUUCCGCGAGAGUGGAAGGAUGCAACCAUCAAGGUGCUGUACAAGAAGGGUGACCGGUCCAACUGUAACAACUACAGAGGGAUUUCGCUACUAUCUCACGUAGGCAAGGUCCCCAUCAAGAUCAUCACCAACCGUCUAAGCGCCUUCUGCGAAGCCAACAACAUCCUCCCGGAGGAACAGUGCGGAUUUCGACCCGAGCGAUCCACCGUCGACAUGCUGUUCGUCUUGCGCCGCCUCCAGGAGCUGGGGCGGAGUAAGAAAAUACCGCUCUACAUGUGCUUCGUCGACUUGAACAAGGCGUAUGAUUCGGUGGACCGAGAGAUGCUAUGGAAGGUGCUGGCCAGGGCCGGGAUUCCCGCGAA